GAGAGAGAGAAAGAGAGAGAGAGAGAGAGAGCGCAGGGGAACGGUGAAGGAUUUGAUUUUUUUUUUCUCUCUCUUAAUUUUUGUUUGCCGUUAAAUCCCCGUUAGAUGCUAUUUGGUGGCGAUGGUGUCGGAUCAGGAGAUAGCGAGCUGCGUGGAGUCUCUCCUCAGGCAGUCGGGCCCCAACGCCAUCGCCUCCAUUAAUGGCGUCGUCCGGGAGCUGGAGGCCAAACUCGGCCUCGACCUCUCCCACAAGGCCGGCUUCAUCCGCGACCAGAUCGACCUGCUCCUCGGUCCCCACAAAGACUGUUUUGCCCUCCAAACCUACCAUCAAUUCCACCCCCAGCCCCACCCACUGCACCACCCCCGCCCCCAAUUCCAGCCCCUCCCCCCGGCCUCCUCCUCCCCCUUCUCCCACCUCCUCCACCACCAAGAGCUCUCCUUCCGCUACCCUCCGCCGCCACCCCCGGCCUUGGCGGCAUCCCAGCAGCAGCUCCGGCAGCAGCAGCACCAGCAGCUCCAGGAACAGCAGCAGCACCACCAGCCUCCGCCGCUGCCGGCAACGGCCACUCCGCAGCAUGCCGCGUCUGCCCAGAAAGAAAGUGCUCCUGCUGGAGUUAAACGAAGAGGUGGACCAGGGGGUCUAAGUAAAGUUUGCGGUGUUUCACCUCAACUGCAGGCCAUCGUUGGUGAGCCAACCAUGGCAAGGACUCAGAUUGUGAAGCAGCUGUGGGCAUAUAUCCGUAAGAAUAAUCUUCAAGAUCCUAAUAACAAGAGGAAGAUCAUAUGCAAUGAUGAACUCCGUAUGGUUUUUGAGACUGAUUGUACUGACAUGUUCAAGAUGAAUAAGCUGUUAGCUAAGCAUAUAAUACCACUUGAAUCUACAAGAGAUCCAGGUCCCGAGUCUAAAAAGUUGAAGGCUACAACUACAGAAUUGGUUUCUGCAACAGAACCUGAUGCUGAUCAAUAUCCUGUUGUUAUCUCUGAUGCACUGGCCAAUUUUUUUGGAACUGGAGAAAGCGAGAUGCUUCAAUCGGAGGCUUUGAGGCGUGUUUGGGAUUACAUAAAAAAUAACCAGCUGGAGGACCCCAUGAACGGAAUGAUGAUUUUGUGUGAUUCUAAACUUCAACAACUUUUUGGAUGCAAAAGCCUUUCAGCCUUGGGGAUAUCAGAGAUGUUGUCGCACCAUUUGUUCAAGCGAUCCUAACCCAUGCCGUUAACUGAUGAGCAAUUUCAGUGGCAUCUAGGCGAUCUAACAAUGUAACAGAUACUGAUGAAAAAAAGAUUAUUUUGUUUAAUGUGUUUUGAUUGUUGUAUUUUAUUAUGUUUAACAAAUUGUUUGUUUAUGGGCAAGAUGUAGUUUACUCGGUAGCAGUAAGAAAAUGAUGAUAGUUGAUGUCGUAGUAUCCAAGUCUAGUCAUGUUGAAGAUUAUCAGUCUAUAGCUUCUGUUGUUGACUAUGUGAAGGAAAAAGAAAUGGAAAAAUGAUUACCAACUUUGGGAAUGAUCAGCUCUGUUUGCAAAGGUUCAAGUUGCACUCUGAUGUAUUAUCAAGAACACCUUGAGCAUCAGUACCAUUUAUAUGAGAGUGAUGCAGGUAGCACA